AUGCCCCGGCCCUGCUCCCCCCCUCCCCCUCCUUCCUCCUCCUCCUCCUCCUCCUCGUCGUCGGCGUCGUCCUCGCUGCUGCACGUGGAGUUCCCGCAGGUGCCGCCGGCGCUGCUGUCCAACCUGAACCGGCAGCGCCUGGAGGGGCAGCUGUGCGACGUCUCCAUCCGCGUGCAGGGCCGCGAGUUCCGCGCGCACCGCGCCGUGCUGGCCGCCUCCUCGCCCUUCUUCCACGACCAGCUGCUGCUCAAGAACCUGGACUCCAUCGAGCUGCCCGGCGCCAUGGACCCCGCGGCCUUCGCCGUGGCGCUGGGCUGCGCCUACACCGGGCGGCUGUCGCUGGCCCGCGGCGAGCUGCUGGGGCUGCUGACGGUGGGCAGCGUGCUGCAGAUGUGGCACAUCGUGGACAAGUGCACCGAGCUGCUGCGGGAGCCCGCCUCGUCAUCAUCGUCAUCAUCGUCAUCUUCGUCGGCAUCGGCGUCCUCCUCGUCCUCGCGGGUGCUGCCCAGCGAGCCGCAGUCCCCCAGCAGCACCAACGCGCUGGGCCCGGCCCCGCAGCCCCGCGUCCCGGCGGGAAAAGCGGGCAGCGAGGAGGAGGAGGACGAGGAGGAGGAGGAGGAGGAGAGCGAGGAAGGCCCGCGGGCCGCGCCCGCAAAGCCCUGGGUGCUGGUCAAGCGGCGCUGGCUGCAGGAGGACCUGGUGCUCACCUGCGAGGAGGAUGAGGAGCCGCUGGGAGGGGGAAAUCCCGGAAUUCCCGGCGGGAAUGAGGAGGGGGAGGGCGGGAAAGGGGGAAUCCUGCACGGAACCAGCGGAAUUCCGCAUGGAACCGAGGGAAUUGUGCACAGAACCGGCAGAAUUUUGCGUGAAAAUGAGGGAAUUGUGCACAGAACCGGCAGAAUUUUGCACGAAAACGAGGGAAUUUUGACCGGAAUGGGAAUUUCUCACGAGAACGAAGGAAUUUUGAUGGGAACCGCUGGAAUUUCCCACGAGAACCAGGGAAUUUUGCACAGAACCGGCAGGGUUUCACACGAAAACGAGGGAAUUUUAACUGGAAUCAGCGGGAUUUCGCACGGAAAUUCGGGAAUUUUGACCAGAACCGGCAGAAUUCGGGACGGAACGGAGGAAAUUUUGACCGGAACCAGCGGAAUUCCGCACGAAAACGAGGGAAUUCUAACCGGGCUCAGAGGAAUUCCACACAAAACCUCGGGAAUUUCGCACAGAACCUCGGGAAUUUCGCAGGAAAAUUCGGGAAUUUUGGCCAGAACCGGCAGGAUUCGGGACGGAACCUCGGGAAUUUUGCACAGAGCCGGCGGAAUUCCUGACGGAACCUCGGGAAUUUUGAUCAGGACCGGCAGAAUUCCACAGGAAAGCUCGGGAAUUGCAGGCAGAAGUUCAGCCCGGGCGGCGAACCCGCGCAGAGCGCCCCGCCCCCCGCGGGCAGGCCCCGCCCCCGGCCCCGCCCAGCCCGCACCUGCGGCCCAGGUGAGCUCGGCCAAGGUGUUCGUGUGCCACUGCGGGAAGGCGUUCUCGCACCGCAGCAUGCGCGAGCGGCACGUGAACAUGCACCUGGACCUGCGGCCCUUCACCUGCGCGCAGUGCCGCAAGCGCUUCAAGAUGAAACAUCACCUGACGGAGCACAUGAAAACGCACACCGGGCUGCGGCCCUACACCUGCGGCACCUGCCACCGCUCCUUCAUGUGGAGGGACAGCUUCGUCAGGCACCGGGGAGCCUGUGCGGGGACAGCCGGCACUGCUGAGUGACACCUGU